UUCGCAAGUUGCAAGUCAACAUUACGUUUUUGUAACCAGAAUAAUAAACUUAAUUAUCUACCGAUAUUCACAAAUUAAAUCUGGCCACCCUGACUACCUACAAAAACAACUUCGACUGCCAGUUGUUCACUUCAAGUACACCAUCGAGGCAGUUUAAAAAUAUUCGUUGUUUUGAAUAAUUUUCCACCAGCUGCCCAACAUACCAUGACUGCCGCUGCAAGAUGAGCUCCUCUGAUUACCUGAACAGCACCCAGAACCUGGUCCACCCGGACUGGGAGGUAGUGGACCCAACACCGAACAUACACAUCUUGUUCCCAAUCUUCGACCGAAAAUUCUUCCAGUGUAAGUUGGUUUGCGUUCAGCUAGAGUGGAGUAAACGGAUGUACAGUUGUGCCGGAAUCUGCUACCAACGCUCAAACCGGCUGGGUAAGAGUUGUAUCAUUCGGUUGAGCGAGCCGCUACUAAAACUGCGAUCCCGAAAAGAUCUAAUCGAAACACUGCUCCACGAGAUGAUCCAUGCAUACUGCUUCGUGCUAGGCAUUCGAGAAGGAAACGGAGGACAUGGUCCGAACUUCAAGAAGAUCAUGAAUGGAAUCAAUCGGAUAGCAGGAACCAAUAUAACCGUCUAUCACACAUUCCACGAUGAAGUAAACCUAUAUAAAACACACUGGUGGAAAUGUAAUGGAGUCUGCCGGAAUCGUGCACCACACUAUGGGACGGUGAAAAGAUCUGCAAAUCGAAAACCAGGACCUUCGGACUUUUGGUGGGCCGAACAUCAAAGAACCUGUGGGGGAGAGUUUCUGAAGAUUAAGGAACCAGAACCCAAACGGAAGAAAGCUACCGCCAACAAAGAGAAUGCACUGACCGGAAAAACUCUCUUCGAGAAAAAGAUCAACAAAAGUCCCGUUAAAAAAAUACCGGAAAAUAGUAGAAUAUCAAACUAUUUCGAUUCGACGUCAAAAACAGGAGGAUCGACAAACCCCAGCGGUUUUAAGAAACCGUUCACGGGAACGGUAGCUAAUUCUGGAGGUCGGACCGUGGUAGUUCGGAAGCCACCGGUUUUAAAUACGAAAAAAUCACAGCCACCGGUUGAGACGCGACCAGUAACAAAAACGCCAACCCCGGUUGUUGCCCCGGGUGGAAAUCUUAGGAACGUAAAACAAUUCAAAGAUCUCUCUGACAAUGACCCAAAUUCUAGUCCAAAUAGGAGAUCACCGAUUGCAUUAUUUACCGGCACGGGUAACAGCCUCGGUGGUCCAAGUAGAGCUGGGCAACCGGGCGGUUCAAGGAAUAGUCGUUUGUUGGAUCAAUUUCCGCCACGAGAAAAGAAACCGCGACAGGACAUUGUUAUCAAAACGGAACCGGGAAUUAUCGAUCUUGCGGAGGAUGACGGGGAAGACUAUAUAAUCCAACAGAUUGACGUAGACCGAAUCAAGCAAGAGAGACAGGAUUCCAUUAAGAAAGAAAUUCUUGACUCGUUUGCGAAUGAUGAUAUGGAAGAAAUUAUUCUAAUUGAUGACGAGUACGAUGAUGAUGACGCCGCCGCCUCGGAACUGGUUAACCUCGAUGGAUCCCUAACGGAUACGUCUGUGAUAGAUGAGCUGUUUAGUGAGCAAGACUCGUUGAUCGACGAAUUUAAUCGGACCAAUGGGGGAGGCCGGGCAGAUCGAGAGGAAGACGAAAUCGUUGCAUGUCCAAUGUGUUCAACGAGAAUGAAGCGAUCUCAGUUGGCCGCUCAUCUGGAGCUAUGUUACUGUGUUCUACCGGGAGACGAUGAUGUCCAGGAAGCGAUUCGCAAACCAUUUGAUCCGAAUAAACCAUCUACCUCCAAAGCCGAGAGUGGUUCGAAAUCGAGUGGCAAAGAAUUGCAAGUACGCGAGGAACAACGAAAAAUUCUGCUGCAGUGCGGUUACAGCGAGUCGGAGAUUGUUAAAGCACUCGCAGCCAUGGAAGAGGAGGAAGCAUCCGAAGGAGAUAUUAGUCAGCCGACCAGCCAGAAAGCGAACGAAUCGGUUGAGAUGCAACUACUGGAUGACGGAAAUGAGAUUGACUUGACUUCGGUCGGGGAGGAAUGCGAGUGUCCCAUCUGCCGCCGUAAGGUGGAUUUCGAGCUGAUUAAUCAACAUCUGGACCAGUGCCUGGGGACGUAAUUUAAGAUAUGUUUUGAUACGUUUUUUUGACAAUACGCCUGUUUUUUUUGUUCUAAUGAAUUUUGAAGGAGUUGGUUUGCUAAAUACAACUUUUUCCUGUAAAAUGGCCAUUUUUUUCUUGUUUUAAGAAUAUAAAAAUAUGUUAGUUAUUGCAUA